CAUUUUUCAUGGUCAAAAGAAAAGGUACUCCUCUCAGAAAACGUACAAAUAAAGAUAUUUUUAGAUGUUUAAUUGCUGUUUGGAGCAUUGGGAUCGUUAGAUGAGGGCUUAAUUAACUCAUUUUUGUGAAAACCUCAAUUUCGACCAAAAUUGACAUUUUUCACUUGUUUUGCCUGUAGCUCGAAAUUAGCCUGUGCGCAUUCGGUCACCGUGAUUUUGCCAAGUAAGACAUGUUCCUGGAUCAACAUAUUUUGUUAAUCCUGGAACAACAUUCUUGUCUGAAAAUUUAGUCAUAACCCUAUUCCUACCCCUAAACCUAUCCCUACCCAUAAUUUAUCCCUAAAAUCAGAGGGAAAUGAUAGGUAAAUAGCACUGACGUAGAAGCACCUAACCCUGGUUGUAACCCUAAACUUGACAUAAACUGUAAACUUUUCCCUCAAAUCUGAUUGGUUGAUUGGAAUGAUGUUGAUCCAGGAACAUGUUGUACUUGGUAAAAUCAUGUUAACCGUGCGGUGAACUCAUUUUGCCAGCACGGGGUCACAAAUAUAUAUUUUUUAUGUGUGUGUUCUGCAGAAGAAAGGGUUUAAAUAACAUGAGGGUGAGUAAAUGAUGACAGACUUUCAUUUUUAGUGAACUGUCCCUCUAACCCUCUGUUGGGUUGUUUAUUCUACCACUGUCUACUUUCUUAGCUGUGCUUUCUUGUACAUUUACCAUUCUUUAAUGCAGGAUGUCAAAGAUAUAAAUGAAUGCUUCUCUUUAUGUAUCACUACCCCAGUGCUCAAAAAAAGUUAGACAUGUUGUUCAGCUGCUUACUAGGUUUCACAUUGUGUGUUUCCCUCUCAAAUAAUCGCCGUUGGAUGAAAAAAGAAGCAAUUAAGUAGUAACAAGCAGACAUUGCCUUUGAGAUACAUCUCUAUGUAAAUCCCACCGCUAGGCUGGGACAACCUAGGGGCAAAGCAGAUUUACUGUCUUGAAGAUCACUUAAUAAAAAAACAUAAUGGCUUCUUGUAAUUGAUAGUACAAUCAAAAUGGGCCCAACGGGAAAUGAAGCGAAUAUGUCACAGAAUUAGAAAGAAACAAGCUUCAAUAUUAAAUCUUUGAAAGUGCAGAAAUAGACCGUUAGGAACACUUAUGGUUGCUUGUUGCGUAAUUACUCCCUCUAUAAUUAAGGUAAUUAGCUUAUUGAUUGCAUUAUCUUAAGUGGUAAAAGGUCAUUUACAACAGUUUCAAUUGCUUUGCACACUGAAAAUCACAGACACCUUCACAGCAUCAUUUCAAUGUAGAACAUUAUGGCACGUUUUGACUGUGAAUCUGGUUCUUGCAUCAAUAUAUACUCAAGCAGAAAAUUAACAGAUCCUGUAUUCGUGUUGAAACAUGUUGGCUGACUCUUUGUGCACCUCUUAAAGGAUGAAGUGUCUCUUCGGGUGGCUGACAAAGCCUGAAUCGCAGCAGCUGCAUGUCAAGUCUCUCCUUCAAAGCCUUACAAGAACACUGAAGAGGCAUGGCAUCGUCACCUCGGUUCAAAACUGCUGCUCGCUGCUUAAUUGUUAAUUACUGUUAUUAGUAUUAUUACAUUACAUUAUAUUUGAAAGCCUGUCAUUGAAAGUUAAUUUGCAUCACACUUUGACUUAGAAUGACAUUUACUUCACAGGUUUUUGCUAAUGUGCCAAGAAAUUCAACAGGUAGUGCUUGAGAGAUUAAUGAACAAUGGGAAAACUUCCAGAAAACAAUAGUAAUUAUAAUGAAAAUGCUCUUUAUAAAUUGUGUUGUGUGUGUUGAUAAAACAAUGUUGAGCUGUAAGGUAAUUGAUCAUAAAACCUUUCAAUUAAAUAUUUAGCAUCAAAUAUCUUUGAAUGUGUUGCUGAAUUAUAUUAAAUAAAAUGCAACUGCUUCCCUAACAACAAACCACAAAUGUGCACACAUGCCUUAUGAGGCAAUCCCUACUGUUAUGUAAAAACAUGAAGCUGGUAUAUCCAGUUAUCAGGUGUCCCGCACAAAUCUCUCAACCUCGCCUGUGUAACUCAUUCUAAACUGGCUUUGUAGCAUUUCUAUUCAAAUAUUCAGUGCUCUGACUCCUCCCACCAAAACCAGCAAAUCUUUUUGUUUAAUACGCAUUUCCUUGACCUGGUUUCUAUGUGACAAGAAGACAUGUUGAAGGACAGAGUCUUUAUUUCCUGAGCCUGGAAAACAAAAUGACAGCAGCUAAUUCCAGUGUAAAGGAUUCUUACAGGGAUGGCAGCCUGGAGAGAUUUACUCAUUUUAAAAAAGAUGACUUUGAAAAUGACUGGGAGAAAGUGGCUGAGCGCAAGUUUGGUCGAGUCUAUAAGGUGAAGCUUAAAGUCUUGCGGGAAACGUGUGCCCUAAAGACCACAACCAAUGAUGAUUACAGGAACAUGAUAGAGAUGUCCAAAAUUGGAAGAAUGAAGUUCAAUUAUUUAAUCUCCCUUUAUGGAAUAAGCAAAGAUCCACCUGCUUUAGUGAUGGAAUAUAUGAGAAAGGGAUCCUUGGAUAACCUUCUCAGCAGUCAUUUCUUAAUGUGGCCCAAGAAAUUCCAAAUGAUCCAUGAGAUGACGAUGGGCAUGAAUUUUCUGCACAGCAUGAAACCGCCCAUCCUUCAUUUAAACUUGAAACCAGCUAACAUUCUUCUUGAUGAUCAUCUUCACAUGAAGAUUUCAGAUUUUGGCCUCAUUAAAUGGGAGGAGUUCUCUAGUAAGACUGAGUUUAUUGAACACCUGACAGCUCGAGGGAACAUAAACUAUGUGCCUCCAGAAACAUUUACCCAGAAUCCUGAACCUCCCGGAACGAAGUACGAUGUAUUCAGCAUUUCUAUUAUUAUGUGGGAAAUUCUCACUCAACAGCGCCCAUAUCAAGGGCUGUCUAUGACAGAAGUAUUAAUCAAAGUGUCAUCUGGCAAAAGGCCUGGUGUAGAGAAGAUCCCUGAAGACAAGCCCCCCGAGUGCGAGGACAUGAUCGGUGUCAUGCAGCAGUGCUGGCACCAAGACUGCAGCCAGCGACCUGCUUUCUGUGAGAUCGUUCGGUUAACUGAAGUUCUCAGUGAAGUCCUGAAAAUCCCAGACACGAUUUCAGGGGGUGAGAUAAGAAAGCGUCUGCCUGAACAGGUAUGGAACCUAAAGAAAGCAGCUAUCUCUUCAGAUGAUUCUAGCAUCCACUCUCUCCUUGUAAGAAAAGACUUUGAGAGCUUUAAGAAUGUUCUGCGAAAAGAGCAUGUAUCGAUGCUCUUCAAAGACAACAAUACUCUCCUUCAUCACGCCGUGGCAAGCGGGGACAGAAAAAGCGUGCAGAUGGUCCUGGAUCUGGGAGCCUCUGUGAACUGCCAGAGUGUAAAAGGCUACACCCCACUCAUCGUUGCGGUUCUGCACAAGUUUUACGACAUCUGCAGCUUGCUGACAGAGCGUGGGGCUGACGUCAACCUCUGCGAUGGCGACCAGUGGACUGCGCUGCAUUUUGCCGUACAGACUGGCGAUGACAGAGCCGCUCGCCUUUUGUUAGACAAUAAGGCGAGAGCCGAUGCCGAAGAGAAGGACGGUUGGACGCCUUUGCAUCUAGCUGCUCAGAAUGGCCACGAGAACAUUGUGAGAAUCUUGCUGCCACGUCUGGAGGCUGUGGAUGAGCAGGAGCACCAGUCUGGCCGUACGCCACUUCACGUGGCUUGCAUUUAUGGCCAUGUAGACAUCGCCAAGCUCUUGCUCAAAAAGGGAGCUGAUGUCAACAAACAAGAUAACCUUCAGUCCACUUCCCUACACUUGGCGGCAGAUGAGGGGCACUUCAGGGUGGUCCGUUUGCUGGUUAAUAGUGGGGCUGAUCUAAAAACAGUUGAUGAGCAAAGCUACAGUCCCCUUCAUUUUGCCGCUCUGAAGGGUUACACGGGUAUCUGCAGACUACUAUUGAGUAAAGGACUCGACCCCAACAUCCUAACCUAUCAGAAUUGGACAGCCAUGCACCUGGCAGCCUUGAAAGGCCAUCCGGAGACUGUCCUUGUGUUGGAAGAGCACCAUGGCUCAGUCAACGUCCAAGGGAAAGACGGCUGGACGCCACUGCACCUUGCCUGCCAUCAUAGGCAGGAGGAGGUGGUGACGGUGCUGCUAACAGCAGGUGCCGACCCUAACCUGGCCGAGGAUAACGGCUGGACGCCCCUCCACUUAGCCUGUAACAGUAGCUGCUUUCCUAGUGUGCUGCAGCUGAUAUCCCAUCAAGCCAAUGUGAACGCACAGAAUAACAGCCAGUCAACUCCAUUGCAUUUAGCCGUCCAGCUCAGCAACAUCCCCAUCAUCAAAGCCCUGCUGAUGAAUAAUGCACAGCGGGGUAUAAAGGACUCGAAAGGAUGUACCGCCUUAACCUUGGCUCAACGGUGCAACAAUACAGAAGCUGUGGAGCUACUGGAAAGCUAACACACACUGGUUGAGACUCUGGCGGAGAACGAGCCGUGUUUGGUGACAGAUAACUCCACCAUUAGAGGGAAUCCAGCAUUGAUUUCUGCUAUCGAUUUCCUUCCUGCUGCAAAGCCUGUUCUUAUAAACACUCUUGCUGUUGUUUUUGAUUUAGAUUCUUAGAAUUUAACGCCUUUGUUUGGGUUAAAAGCUCAGGUGUGUUCUCGGGAAUGAAAGUGUUAUGAAUGAAGGAUUUUGUAACUAGCAGUGUGUAAUGAAACAUAAAAUAAUAAUGGCCGUCAGUUUAUUUAUAGAGAAUAAUUCAUCAGAGCAUGUUAUUUCUAAGACAUCAGUUGUUUGCUUGUUGUAAUAUUUAAUCAAAAUGUAAUAACUUGCUCCGUCUCUGAAACUACUUUCCUUGUCUGUUGAUGACACUCAAGUUUGUACAGGCUAUUGAAUAAUGUUAAAGGGAUAGUUCUGUCAUCAUAUACUCUCCCUUGUGUUGUUCCAAACCUGCAAGACUUACUUUCUUCUGCGGAACACAAAAGAAGAUAUUUUGAAGAAUGUUGGUAAUCAAACAUUUUUGGUUACCACUGACUUCCAUUGUAUGGAAAGGAAAAAAAAAACACUGAGACAGUUCUCAAAAUAUCUUCUCUUAUGUUCAACAGAAGAAUGAAAAUCAUACAUGAUUGUAACAACAUGAGGGAGAGAAAUUAUUGAGUAAACUAUCCCUUUAACUAAGUAGCCAGAUUGCAAUAUCUUUAUCAAACUCACAUUCAGUCUGGCUCCAUUCUGGUGUGUAACGCCCACAUUUUUACACAAUCUAAUCUAUUCGCACACAUUUUUUUGUACUGAAUAACCCAUUCAACUUUAAAACGCAACAUAUUAGAGGAGUAAAAUAAGUUGUAAAUUCAUGUUGGCUUUAGCACAGUAAAAAAAAAAAUAGCCCACCACGUGUGGUAUUUUGAUGCAUUUAACAUGAUUCAAUACAUUCAUGCUUGUAUGAAUUCCAACAAUGUCAAACAUACAAAUGUGUACAGUAAUGUUAAAGGUGAAAAAAAUCAUAACCAUUUGUGGCAUUCAAAUGGCAUGUUACAUUCACAGACAAAAGCCAAAAAACCUGUUUGACAACAUGCUUAUCACUUCCCAGCAGGCUUCCGCUCACGUUCAACAGCUUUGUCCUAAAUACAAAGGGCAAAAAAAAAAAAAAAAACGUUCUACGUCAUUAUACUGGUGCAUUUUUUAUAUAUUUUUUUACCAGUGGGUGCAGGACACUAUAGUUCAUUUAUGUAAGUGAGGAUAGUAAAAUAAAGUAAACUGUGACAUAUUAUACCCAAAAAUUCUUCAUACAGUGGACUACCAGGAAAAUUGAUAAAAAUUUGGAACCAAAAAUUAUUCAGACACUUUGACCUGACCAUGUUUUGCUUAAGUGUUUUGUAUUUCACAAACUGUACUUUAAGACAAGAUAAAGUUUGAAUUAUGUUCAUUUCAGUAAUUUUACAUACUCUUUUGUGACACAGAGAAAGUUGUAAUGAGGUUUCAGAGCUUUUGAAACAAGCAUCAGAAUCGCUUUUUUUUUUUUUUUUUUUUUUUUUAGCAAGGUUCUCACUUUUCCUCAAGUGAAUAUGUUAAUAAAACAUCAAUGCCUUGUGAAGGAAUCAGAACACGGCCCAUCACAGACUGUGGUUUGCUCUUCAGCCUCUCCACUGUAACGUACAUGACAUUUUAAAUAUCUCAUUAAAGUCUGCAUAAUAACAAAUGCUUUGAGACGUCUACAGUGUGGAUUGAUGCAACCCUCAUUGAUAUGCAGUAAUGUGAAAAUAAAUGAUCUUCUUUUACAUAACA